AUGAGUGAUCCCUUCAAUAAACCAGAUAAUACACCAUUUAUAUCUGUCGAAAAUUAUUCCACGGAUGACAUAUUCAGUGGAAGAGACAGAAUGAAUCUAAAUUAUGAACCAUCGGUCCAGCAAAACAUCACAAUUCAUCAAACUGAAACAGAUUUAAAAAAUGACAUCGAAGGUUUCAGCGAUUCUUCGAAUACGAACAAUGCAAAAGACAAUAAGAUGUUUUGGACUCUAGAAUUUUAUCAACAAUUUUUUAACGUUGACUCUCAUGAAGUAUUUGAAAGAAUUAAAAAAUCUAUGUUACCAAAGAGUGAUAAUAAUUAUUUAUUAUCUCACAUUAAACCAAAUCCCGACCUUUACGGACCAUUUUGGAUUUCUGUUACUCUUAUAUUUGUAGUAGCCAUAAGCGGAAAUUUCGCUAAUUAUUUACAAACAGCUAAUAAUGGAAAAUAUCAUUGGAAGUACGAUUUUCAUUUGGUAUCAUAUGCUGCAAUAACGAUAUGUCUCUACGUUUGGUUAUUACCCCUCAGUAUUUGGAGUGGAAUUAGAUGGGGUAAUAAUGCACAAGAGGAUAUUUUACAAUCACAGCUUACAAAGACUACUCAAGAUUUAAGGAUUUUAGACCUUCUAUGUCUUUAUGGUUACUCUUUAUCAAUUUACAUUCCUGUAGCUAUUUUGUGGACUAUUCAAAUAGGAUGGUUUCAGUGGUUAUUAGUUGGUGUAGCAUCAUUAAUGUCUGGAGGGGUAUUACUUCGAUGUUUAAUACCACUUAUAAAAAGUAAACAAAAACCAAUAUUUAUUGCCGUAAUUCUUGGAAUGCAUUUAUUACUAGCUGCAGGAUUUAUGCUAUAUUUUUUCCACGUACCGGACAGAAAAGUUACUUCAGAACUCACACACAGUCAAUCAAGCACUGAAGCCAUUAUUUCUACUAAAAACAAUUAA